CCUGUAAUCUCCGUGAGUGCAUGAGCGAGACAUUUUGGGCCCCACACCACGUCAGGAAGUGAGGGACACUGAAUAUUAACAAUUGGGAUGCUAACAAAUAGACUGAAAAUGUUACAACUACAUAUCAGGCAACACGCUCGUCAGUGGUGAGCUGUCGUUCCGCUACAGGCGUGUGCUUCUCACAGCCACACUGCGGGGGGCUGCUGUGCUGGAGCUGUGUCAGCAGGAGCAGGUCAGGAAGACGAAGUGUCAAGGAGGGAAAAGGGAUCAGAACCGGAAAAGAGAAGUUUUCGGCAUCCUGGUGGAAUACAGAAUCUGUUUUUUCACAGAGUUGCGGCAGUACCACUGCCUGUUGUCAAGUCGGCACCAAAACUAGUAUUUUAACUUGGAACGUAAGCAGAUAACAAGUCGUCAACGUUAGCUACCCUACCAGCCGGUUAGUCCCUCCUAGGUGCUGUAGCAGCUAACCUAGCUUAGCUGUUGGCUACCCGGCUUCCAAGAUGAGGCUGAAAGUAGGAUUCAUUCUACGGAGUUUGCUUGUCGUUGGGACGUUCCUCGGUCUAGUGGUGCUCUGGUCUUCCCUGUCCCCGAAACCCAGCGAUGAAAACCCUUUUGGAAAACGGGAUGACAUUUUGUUGCCCAGAGGAGACCUAGCAGAUCAGUUUAAGCCUGUGGUGCCAUGGCCCCAUGUGGAGGGGGUGGAGGUUGACCUUAACUCCAUCAGACUCAAACAUGGAGGUGCCAACAACCCACAGAACCCUGACCAGCAGCCCAACCAGAAGCAGGUGAUCCAGAAGCAGUAUGUGACAUUCAGACCCCACACUCACACCUACAGCAGCCCUGUGCUGAAGAAAAGUAUCCUGGGAAACUUCGAGCCAAAGGAACCUGAGCCUCAGGGCGUCCCUGAUGGUCCUGGAGAGGGGGCCAAGCCUUUCGUUCUGGGUCCUGAGUACAAAGAUGCUGUCCAGGCUUCCAUUAAAGAGUUUGGCUUCAACAUGGUGGCGAGUGAAAUGAUCUCACUGGACAGAACCAUCAAUGAUAUACGCCAUGAGGAGUGUAAGUACUGGCAUUAUGAUGAGAAUCUGCUGACAUCCAGUGUGAUUAUAGUCUUCCAUAAUGAAGGCUGGUCCACACUGAUGAGAACCAUCCACAGUGUCAUUAAGAGGACUCCAAGAAGAUACCUGGCUGAGAUAGUCAUGAUCGAUGACUUCAGCAACAAAGUCCAUCUAAAGGAGCGUUUGGAGGAAUACAUCAAACAAUGGAACGGUCUUGUUAAAGUCUUCAGAAAUGACAAGAGAGAAGGACUGAUUCAGGCAAGGAGUAUAGGAGCCAAGACAGCCACUAAAGGACAGGUGCUGAUCUACCUGGAUGCCCAUUGUGAAGUUGGAAUCAACUGGUAUGCACCUCUGAUUGCUCCUAUUUCAAAAGACAGGACAGUGUGUACAGUGCCUCUGAUAGAUUAUAUAGAUGGUAAUGAGUACAGUAUGGAGCCUCAGCAGGGUGGAGAUGAGGACGGUCUGGCUAGAGGAGCAUGGGAUUGGAGCUUGCUCUGGAAGAGAGUACCACUUAGCGAGAGAGAGAAGGCCAAGAGAAAACAUACCACCCAGCCCUACCGAACGGUGUGCACGGUGCCUCUUAUCGACUCCAUCCACGGCCAGAAGUUCACCAUUGAGCCCCAGGGUGGAGGAGACCAGGACGGCUUUGCUAGAGGAGCCUGGGAUUGGAGCAUGCUCUGGAAGAGAGUUCCUUUGGGAGACAGAGAAAAGAGACAAAGAAAAUCUCGGACUGAGCCAUAUAGGUCUCCAGCCAUGGCAGGCGGUCUCUUUGCCAUAGAGAGAGACUUCUUCUUUGAGCUUGGUCUGUAUGACCCUGGACUGCAGAUAUGGGGAGGAGAGAAUUUUGAAAUAUCAUACAAGAUCUGGCAGUGUGGUGGCCAGCUGCUCUUUGUACCAUGUUCUCGUGUUGGCCAUAUCUACAGACUUCAAGGAUGGCAAGGCAACCCUCCACCUGCACAUGUUGGAUCAUCACCCACUCUUAAGAACUAUGUUCGUGUGGUGGAGGUAUGGUGGGAUGACUAUAAGGACUACUUCUACGCCAGUCGUCCUGAAACUCUCACUCUAGCCUAUGGAGACAUCAGUGAGCUGAGACGUUUCAGGGAGGAACAUCGAUGCAAGAGCUUCAAGUGGUUCAUGGAGGAAAUAGCCUAUGACAUUCCAAUGCAUUACCCUCUGCCUCCUAAAAAUGUGGAAUGGGGAGAGAUUCGGGGCUUUGAGACAAGUUACUGUAUCGACAGUAUGGGACACACCAAUGGAGGCAAUGUGGAAAUAGGACCUUGCCACAGGAUGGGUGGUAACCAGUUGUUCCGCAUCAAUGAAGCCAACCAGCUGAUGCAGUACGACCAGUGCUUGACCAGAGGAAGUGAUAAUUCAGCUGUCAUCGUCACACACUGUGAUCAGAAUCAGCACACUGAGUGGAAGUACUUCAAGGAUCUACAUCGGUUCACUCAUGUCCCAACAGGGAAAUGUCUGGACCGCUCCGACCUGCUGCACAAAGUGUUCAUAUCAGACUGUGAUACCAGUAAAACCACUCAGAAAUGGGAGAUGAACAACAUAGUGGCUGUAUGAAGACCGCAGGGAGCUUGGAGAAGAACAUGGUGACUGUAUGAGAACACACUGACUAACAUAUGCCAAGAAACACAUCCAUGCUGUAAGUUUACAGAUAUCUCAAGCUGAUACUGUCCUUUUAAAGAAAACAUGUUUUCAAUAUGAGCUAGUCAGUGUCAGUUCACCUCCGACAUAAUGAAGCCAGAAUGAUCUAAUAAAAAGAUGAUAAGUAUCAGCAGUUAACAGUUUCAACCCCAAACCGUUCAGUGUCGGUAUUUGGUAGCUUUUUGUCAAUCUCUGGUCCAUAUGCUCAUGCAUUAUACUAACACAUACACCCCGGAUGGUAAAAGAAGAAUUGUGGCGGCUGAAGCAACUAGUCCUCAGAAUGACCUGACAUGCACUGAACUGGAAACAUGUUGGGCUCUGUCUCUGUAUUUCAUUGUGUUUAUACAUCUCUCUCUCUCUCUCUCUCUCUCUCUCUCUCUCUCUCUCUCUCUCUCUCUCUCUCUCUGUCUUUCUCUCUCUCUUCUUUUGGUCUCUCAGGUCUUUUCUGAACCACUACAAUGAUUUAUAAAAUUAAUCACUUAAAUUCAAACUAUUGAACAGUCAUGCACUCAUUAGACAUUUUCAAUCAACUAUUUGCCAAACUGAUUAACUCACUCACCAAAGAGUCCUUUUUAUUGGUGGUGGAUUCAAUCACAUCAUCAGUAAGUUUAAACAGGUACAGUGUUGGUACAUACACUGGCCGGCAUAAUGUUUGCUUCUGUCUGUGGGUCAGAUUCAGGCUAAAAUAGUCAAAAAAAAAUCAUUUGUUAGAUGUAUUAAAGGAAGAACACUUGGCAUGUAAAACUGUCUGCAUGUCAGUCUGCCAUCUGCUUCUUAUAGAGCCAUCAGGCAAAUGGUACAAACAAAAAGGUGACCAAAGUGAUAAAGGCUGUCCCUACAUCCCAGAGAGGUAUGAAUAAAGCUCCUACAGGCACAUGCUGAACAAUUUACCAAGGACACAUUUUAUUAUAUUUGUUUUUUCUUCACAUUUUCAAUCCAGAGUCUGUAAAGGGAAUUUAAUAACUAUAAUUAAAGUGCCACUUUUAGCUUGGAGCUAACACAGUGAUCAAACAGGCUGAAUUUGGUUGCUGAAUAAGCAGAAUUUAAUCACCACACUGUAUCAAAAGCCUGACCAGGAAAAAAAAACAUGAAAAUUACAAUGCCAGCAAUGCUUGUGUCUUCCUGCAUCAAACUUCAUACAGCGUUAGUUUGUCAUUCUGAGAAGGUCAUGACUGACCGUGUCAUGCCCUCCCACAAAACAUUUUAAAAUGGACAGCAUGGAUAAAAGUAACUAUAUUUUCUGAACUUUGAUUGUUUUCUGAUUACUUCUGUUGUCUUCAACUGACCUGAAUCCAUCUUCAUCAACUUCUUCAAACACUUAGUUACUUUACAGUUACUUAAACAUGUUGAGAAAGCAAAUCUGUGACAACAGUGAUCUGCCUGCCUUACUGACAGUCUUGAUGAGUAUUUCAGUAUCUGACCAGUUGACUGUGAAUUAGUAACUGCUUGUCUGAAAAGGGGGAGGGAUUAAAAAAUAUACUGGAUCAUUUGGGUGGAGAAUGACACCAGCGAGAAAAAAUGAUUUAUUUUUGGGAAACAACAGAAGAAAAUGUGAUGGCUCUUUGGUUUGUUUUUUUUUAAGGGAAAGGGUUUGGUGUAUGGGUAAUCAUGUAUGCAAUGUUUUGUACAAUGUAAAUAUAUUUCUUUGUAAAGAUGAUCAUGAUGCAUUUUGUGAAGGGCCUUGAAUGAUACUGUAAAUAUCUAACUUAUAGCAGAAUUUUAAUAUGGGCUGAACAGUGGGUGAUGGAGCAAAUAAAACACCUGAUUUUAUCACUA